CAGGGUAUAAAUAAAAAUUAUUAUUAUUAUUAUUAUCAUCAUCAUCAUGCAGAAAUUAUUAAGUGCAGCCUAAACUCUGGUUAAUUAAAUAAUAAUAAUCAUGGGAGAGAUUUGGUCAUAAAGCCAGGUUUACCUUACAUCCAUCCCCAUCCUAACAGAUUGCCCGGAACCUGGGUGGUCCUUUGCUGCCGCAUUUCAGCAUUUGAUUGUCAUUUGUAAAAUGAGAAGAACGGAGAGUAAGAUGAGCGUGGUGCACCUCUGAAGUGCUGCAAAAAAAUUUGUAGUUUACUUUGGCUCCAAUCCAGAGAGUGUUUGCGCUGGUGGAGCAAAUCAGUUGGAGAUGUGGGUUUCUUACAUUUGUUUUCCCAGCCAGCUGAGUCUGCUUGACUGGCAAUUCACCAUACAAAAUGCCCCAAGGAGAGUUGCCUUGGCGACAGCCUGUAAACUAAACAGUCUGAAUGUAGCUCUGUACAUGGGAUGGGGGUAGGGAGACUGAAGCAGAAAUCAUUCAGUGGGGUCUGCAGUCAAGGCCAGAACACUGGGAGUCCUAUACACCUGGGGAACUAUAAGCUAACAUGCUUGGAGUGUCAUUGUUGAGAGAAGCAAAGUGCAGGUAAGCCAGAACCACAGUGUUACUUCAUUUUUUAUUUUGUUUCCUCUUUUUCGCAUAUGAAGUUCAGUGGGUUACAGAUGAUAUGAGCACAUUUUACUGCAGUGGUAUUAGCUAAUUGAAUUUUGCACUUUUUGUGUUAAUGACACAAUUGGGAGUCUAAUUUGUAUAUGUUGGACUAAAUUCAUAUUAUGCAUCAGUUGGUGGCAGGGAUUUAUAAAUGAGUGGAAGACCAGCAUACUUUAACAUAAUUCUUUCUUCCUCAUAUUGCGCUCCACCACCAGAUGAAUGGGCUCUGUCCCUUUAACCUUCACUCUGGAUAUAUGGACUUCAUUCUUCAUCACAAAGCUCCUCUCUUCCCUCAGUUCAUGGGGCUCAUGGAUGCAAGUCCAUGUUGUUGUGCCAGGUGUGAAUCUUGAGUGAGUCCUUGCUCUUGACAAGUUAAAGACUACUGACUUAGAAGAUGGAUGGAAAAAAAUAUUUGAAAGCAGAAGUUACAGCACUGGGUUUGCUACCCUAGACUUUUGCAGACAAUUUAAGCAACAUUAGUUGCUUUAAGGAAACAAACAUAUGCAUGCAUUAAAGACGGCAAUGGAAAAUAUUUUAACAUUCUAUUUUUAUAAAGCUUAAUUAAAGCAUCCCUCUCAUGCAAAAAGGCCAUAGAUAAUUAAAAAUGAAAGUCCUGGUGAACAAGCAGUGUUUUUGCAUGGCGCCCAAGAUAUGUAGGUUUGGCACCAGGCAAGCUUCCCUGGCGACAGCCUUCCACAAAGGGGGAGACACCACUAGCCCAUUCUCAUGUUACCACCCUCUGGGCCUCCCAUGGAGGGGGCACAUGAAGAAGGGCAUCAGAUGAUGAUCACAGGGUCAAGACUGGUUCAUAUGGAGGGGGAGGCAGUCUCUGAGGUAUUGGGGUCCUGAGCCACAUAAAGCUUUAUAGGUCAAAACCAGCACUUUGAAUUGCUCCCAGAAACGAAUUAGUAGCCAGUGCAGUCAGGCCAGGAUUGGUGUGGUGAGCUCAGACUAUUUUGCCCUGGUGAGCAGCCUGGCUGCUGAGUUCUGCACCAGCUUAAGUUGCCAAGCUAUUAUCAAAGGUAUGUAGAAAAUAAUCCAAUAAUCUAACCUAAAGGUUACAAGAACAUGGACAACAGAAGUUAGGCUAUCCCUGUCCUGAUAGGAGCAUAGCUGGGCCACCAGCUGAAGCUGAUGGUAGGCACUCUGUGCCACCAAGGGCCUCAAGCAACACCAAUGGAUCCAAGAAGUACCUCUAAGCUACAUACCUCCACUUUCAGAGGAGGUGUGACCCCAUCAACUUUACACAGUUUCCACUUCAUAAAAGUGGAAGUGGUUUACCAUAGGACCUAAAAAAAAAAAAAGACACUCAAUAGCACCUCCCAAAACUAGAUCAAAAAGAUAAAAACAAAUCUAUAUAACUGUAUAAAACGGAACAGUGUACAAAACAAUAUUAAGAGUCAAAGUCCAGUAAAGUGUGGGUAACAUACAAGCUUUUAAGGAGUGGGUGAAAGUUAUUACUGCCUUUGCCCAAGGAAGUGCAUUCCAGAGGGUGAGCUUAGAGCUUAAAAGACCAACUUCAAUAUGGUCACCAAGGGACAAUCUGCUGGUCAUGUAAUAACCAGCAGGAUAUCCUCAAAAAAUCUUAAAGAUCAGUUUAAUUCAGUAGAUCACAUUUAUGACAUUUUCUGAUUCAGCUGUUACAGAGAAAUAGAUCUGGGUGUCAUCAGCAUACAUUACUAAUGAGUGCCCCCAGCAUAUUGUUUUAUAAUUUUAAAAGUUUUUUCUAAAUUAAGAAAUAAUUGUUACCACCUGUAAUCUGCAACCACCUUUCAUGUAAUCAUACAAUUAAAUGACACUGUAGGCUUUGCUCAGGAAAGAGGAGGAUGCACUGCUCUGGGUAACCAUAGUAAUUAGAAAGCUCUUUGUGUAGUUGAUCACCAUAUGUAGGGAAAACAGAUGUCAUCUGCAGACAGAGUACGGAUGAUGCCCCAGCCACAGUUAAUACAAGUGAGAGAGCCAGAUGACUUCAAAUACUUUUGUAAGUAAGCAUACAUGUUAAUUUAUUUUUCUCUUUAUUUAGCCAAUUAUUUCAAUCAUCUGAUUGGAAGAAAGUUCCAAAGUUGGUGUUUUCUUUUUUUAAAUUAGCAACAUUGUGACAGUUAUCUCAAGAGAAGGGAAUAGGCUAAUUUCCUAUACUUAAUAAUUUCCUGUCUCACUUCCUCUCCUCAUAAAAGUGACUGAGAAAAGUAAACCCUGAGCAUAGUGUGAUGCUUUUGCAUCUCUAAAGGGCUAGAUUCAAGGAAAGUUUAUGGUCUAUGAAGAACCUCUAUCUGUUAGGAUGAAUCAGCAGCAGGCAAGAUAGAUCAAUAACUUUUCUAUGGUAUAACGACCCAAGUAUUAAACUGCAGAUUAAGUUGUACUGUUAAAGCACAAAGAUAAUGCUGCAGGAGGCAGCAACCCUAUAUGCCAGAUGGCUGGCAAAGAAGACAAAAGUCAGGUCAAUUCACAAUACAAAGUUUUGGCUAAUUAUGUUCUAGCAAAAUUAUAAUAUGUAAGACAAACAAUAAGACAAAUACAGUUAAUUUCCAGUCUUAGCAGAACAUAAAAAAAAGAACAUGGGAAGAAAUAAAACAAAGAAAGGUAGUACAAAACUCUUGCCACAAGCCUGCUCAGUCCUUUGGAACCCAAUCCAUAUCACUUUGCUUUCACAUAUUAAGACUCAAGGGUAAAACAACGGCAGAAAAAUUGUUGAGAGAAAGAGUUUAGAAUGGAGUCACUCUCUGCCCUCUCUCACUCCCUCUCUCUCCCCCUUCUCCACUGUCUGUAUAGAUGGGUGACUCCAUUCUGUAUACAUGAGUGACUCCAUUCUAAACUAUAUGUCUGAUGCAAUGCUUAAGAAGUAAAACUGAGUAUUAGCACUACAUUAUUAUUAUUAUUAUUAUUAUUAUUAUUAUUAUUACCCCACCCAUCUGGCUUGUUUCUCCAGCCACCCUUAUUGAGUGGAAUCCAUGCUUGAACUCAUUUAAAAACUUCCUAAACAAUACUGAUUCAUUAAUAGGUGUUUUUUCUAAACUUCCAGCUCAACCUAUCACCACCAGUGGCAUUUCAUCCUAUAAGAAUGGUGCAGCUUCCUCCUUUAGAAGACAAAGCCAAUAAAAAUGCUGAUUGUAAUAAUCUGCCCAAUAUUUUGAACCACUAUUCCGUUCCUACGAAGCAUACUGACCCUCAGUCUGAGGACCAGAAUCACAAAAUUAUAACAGAUGGCUUCACCGUCCUUGGAGAUCCACACUCAGUCACCCUGGAUAACUGUCAUAUGACCUUUCGAUAUUCCAAAGCCCAAGAAACUGAACCGCAGUUUGAGUGCAGCAGAUAUGGAGCAGAUAUAGGAAAUGAAGUAUCCAGUGGUGAAAUGCAUCAGGUUUUGGCAACCUUUGAGAGUUUAAGUAUUACAAGCAAAGACUGUAGUUUUGACCAUCCUGAUGGUUACUUCAGCCAAAGCAAAGUAGUACAUACAGCAGAAAAAUAUGAAUGUUCUCCUUUGGGACAUCAAGAUAGUUCCAAAGCUAAGAACUGGGGAAAAUAUUUUGCAAAGGGGAGUGGCAGCCUUACACUACAGUCAAGUAAAGCAGAAUCAUCAGAGGUGAAACCAGAUCCAAACGAAUGUACAAAAAAUACUAUGAAUAUUGAACCAGGAAAUACUGAUAUGGAUUCAAGUCUGCAAAGCAAGGUUACAGAACAUCAUGCUUCAGUGAUUACUAUUCCUAAUACUUUGAUGGAUCUUGAACAAUCUGAAAGCAGUAUUUGUGCAGCAAUCAACCUGGGAAUGAUGGAAAAUGUCACUGUGUCUGAAGCUGCUGAAAGCAAUAUUACGAAAGCAACUCCCAUUAGCCAUAUUACAAUAUCUAACCAUGGACCAGAUCAGAUCUCCCAUGUUUCUAGACACUCUGCUCAAAGAAAGAGCAUGCCAACUAACUUAAGCCACAGCUUCAACGUAUUUGCUCAUAAAGGGAGUGAAAAUUUUAAAGUAAACGGCAACAGAACCACCUUGGCUCUAAAAGCUAGUGUGUGUUCCAAGAUGCCUCAAGAUUUUAUUCUUUGGGGCAAGAGUUCUAUCCAACACCACACUAACAAGGUAAAGAAUCCCACUUCUCAUUCUCAAGGACUAGGAUUGUCUCAUGCAAAGGCUGGGAUUUCCUCAAAGCUUCAGAAGAAACACCUUCAGCAGGAGAAAUGCCACUUCGGUCAAAGCAGUCAGAAACCCCCAAAGCAGAUGCUUCCCAGCAAUUCCAAACAUUUUCCUAGCUCAGGAGAAACCAUCAGCCCUUUUCCUGUAAGACAAGCACAGUCUUCCGUAGACUUCGUAGACCUGAAGUACAGUGACAUGUUCAAGGAAAUAAAUUCAAGUGACAAAGGUCCUGGCAUUUAUGAAAUGUUUGGAACUCCAGCAUAUUCCAGGGAGCCUCAUGGCUGUGAAAACAGUUCCUGCAGGAAUGUGCACUCUGCUCCAGCUGGGAGGCGCACUGCAAUGAAACAUAAAUAUAACCAUCUCAGUGCAAAGAAGAGUGGCAGAAUAAGAAAUGUUCAGAAGAAAACAUGCCCCAAAUCACACAAGAAUUCCCUUGGCAUUAAACAGAAGGAGAAGGAUUUGGGGCAAAGAGGGGUAUCUGGGUUAGAGGGUUGCUGUCAGAAGCAGAAGGAAAGUGUGAUUGACCCUAAAACAGAAGGGCAAAUAAAGAGUGCAGCACCAUUUCAUGAAGAUGAUGAUCAGCAGCUUCCAGUUCCUACUGAGUUUACUCUACCCGCUCAACAAAAUGAAGUCAUUCCUAAUUCAAAUUUGUCAACUAUUGAAGAAGUCUCAUUGGAUCACACUUCAGAGGCUGGCGACGCUUUCAUUAGUAAAGCAUUUGCUAUCAAUGUUCAGGAAUUACUUUGGCCGAAGGUUAAAGUUCAUGCAGAAUAUGCUCCUUUCUUAAACUAUGCAAAAGAUACAAAUGAACAUAUAAAUGUAGCACAGAACAAAAGUUUAAUGCAGGCGAAAAUUGGAUCAACUGCUUGCCUUGAGGAUCUGGAUGCAAAUCAGGUUUUGUUCUGUGACGAUAAUCAAAGGAACCCCGCUGCACUAUGUUUUCCAAACAGAGUAAACUCACCUCCUCCACAAAGCCCACGGGUUGAAAAUGUUGGUUUAUCAACCGAACAGACUUGCCUUCCUGCAAACUCUGUUUCCCAGGAAUAUCCAAACACCCUGAUCUGCAGUGAAGAAAUAACUGAAGACUCGUUUUAUUGUUCUGUAUCUGAGCUGCUCUCUCUCGAUAGCGCAGAUGGCAACCGUUCUAGAAUAGCUACAAAAAAUGCAGAUACUGUGGCACAAAAUGGAAACACUGAGAGUAAAGGAAACAGCGCAGCAAGUGUUAGAAAUUGUAAGGUAAUUAUUGAAGUUUUUAUACGUAUCUUUAAUAGCAAUAGAACAGUGAAAGCCAGUCAAAUAUUUAAAAUAUGUUGUGCCUUGAGAUCUAGGACUCAAUUUCUUACCAUUCAGAAAUCCUUCAGGCAAUCUUGGGCAACUCUUUCUUUUCAGCCUCAGCUUUCCAUUUGUAAAUAGCAAUCAGAACAAACUAAUUGUACUGCUGGAUCAAACCAAUGCCCAUCUAGUCCAGAUGUCUCUUACUUUGACAAGCACACCAAGAAGGUAAUGGUUUUCCUCUUCUCUCUCCAGCAUGUGGUACUCAGAGGUACACCAUCUCUAUAAGUGAAGGUCCAUUUAAAUAUUCUGUGCUAACAGCACUCGGUAGAUCCAACCACCAAGUUACCUUAAAUAGCAGCAAUCUUUAUCUCAAGACUGCUGUGAUAAGAGUUUUUGUCUCUCUUUCAGGAAAGAAAUAAGGUCUAUUCAACAUACUAUAUAAAUGACCCUGAUCUCAAGUCUCUCUUUGCAUUAUUUCUCAUUCAACGUGUUCUGGUUUGCUCUUCUGUCCUCUUUUUACAGGAUUUUUCUCCAGAUUUCCUGGAAUCCAGUAGAGAAAAUAGAUUUCUAAAUGUGGUUACAUUUUCAGAAAACAAUGUAGCUAGUGAAGGACCUAUCCUGUGGACCAAAGGUGAAAUCCUUGGGAAAGGAGCCUAUGGCACAGUAAGUUACAUGGGGAGUAUAUAUAACACCCCUGUUAUCUCAAGCUAUAUUCACUGUAUCUCCCAAAGGACAUUUUAGCAUCAAUAAACCUUGAUCAAUCCUAAUUACAAUUCCAGUCCUUCUAAACAAGCACACUCCCCCCAAUAUGGUGUCCUCCAAAUGUUUUGCAUUACAACUCCCAUCAGCCCAGCAAUAUACUGGCUUCUAAGCAGAAAGUAAUGAAUGUACAAUUGUGGGUGUUGUGAAUCUACCACAAUUGCAUCCCUGAUUAAAGCUGCUUUACUUUCUCUAAAGGAAUUCAAGUGGGCUUUGUGUCAUGGGACUAGAUAGGACAAAAUCUUAUCUGAACAGACUUUCAAAUGCAGUUGUGCAUUUCGGGAAGCCAUCCAAACCUCUGGGUGAACCACAAAAUUGUUGAGAACUGUGAAGGAGUCUGCCAGGGCAGGUGGGAGGAGGCACUGUGGGCAGUACCCAGUGUCCUCAUUCAUUUAGUGCAAUAAUUUACAUUUGGAGAAUGGAACUGCUCCCUCUCUUCCACCAGACAGUGCACACCCCAUACUCUCCACAAAUCUGCUUGGAGGAUGGUGCGGGAAACCCGAGAACAAAUUUAGCAGGUGUGCAGGGAAGAAAAGGGUGUUCAGUUAUGCAAUGCCAACUCCUAUAAAGCAAACAUGGGAAUUAAGCAGGCCUGAGUGUGGUCAGCGCUUAGAUGGAAAGACCACCUAUGAAGCCUGUGUAGGCCUCACUGAAUUUUAUGAUGGAAGAAAGGUUGGCCUUGGGUUAUUUACUGCCAAUGUCUUCAUAGCUUUCAGAUGAGGGCACUCACUAAAAGCCCUGCAUGACAAACACCAGUGAGGUGGCCUUUAAAUAUUGUGGGUUGGAUUUGAAAGUGCCUCAUUUGCUCAUGGAAGAACUAUUAUAUGCUCAUGCAGAAUAUUUUUUGUGAUCAGAAGGGCUUAAGUAUGAACUGGGCAUGUCUCUUCUUUAGUAGAAGAGUAUACCAGAAGCCAGUUCUCUCAGACUUUGGAAUAUGACUUUUUUUUGGGGUGGGGCAACCAAUUUUCAUUAAUAUGUUGUUGGUGUUUUUACUAUUAUUGUAGUAUUUUAUGUGGUACACUACCUUGUCAUAUUUUCUAUGGAAAUAAAUGAAUACCAGAUAUAACUGCAGACAUAAUUUAAGCAGGAUGUUAUACUGUAUUUAAAUCAGAUGCAUGAGAACAGCAUGCGUGAGUACAUAUAAAUGUGUGUGCACACAGGAGUGUAUCUGUAGUUCCACUACCAAAAUAGGCAUUUUUAAUUUUUAGGUUUAUUGUGGACUCACAAGCCAAGGACAUUUAAUAGCUGUGAAACAAGUAGCACUGAGUACCUGUGACCAAAUUGGGACUGAGAAGGAAUAUCAGAAACUGCAAUAUGAAGUUGAGAUUUUGAAAAAUCUAACACACAUCAACAUUGUAGGGUACCUGGGAACAAGUUUAGAAGACAACAUAGUGAGUAUCUUCAUGGAAUUUGUUCCAGGUGGUUCCAUUUCCAGUAUUAUUCAUCGAUUUGGGCCAUUGCCUGAAAUAGUAUUUUGUAAAUAUACGAAACAGAUUCUGCAAGGGAUUGCAUAUUUGCAUGAAAACUGUGUGGUCCACAGAGAUAUUAAAGGCAACAACGUCAUGCUGAUGCCGAAUGGUGUUAUCAAGCUCAUAGACUUUGGAUGUGCAAAGCGCUUAGCCUAUGUAAGUCUGACUGAUGCCCAUAGCGAACCACUGAAAUCAGUGCAUGGCACUCCUUAUUGGAUGGCACCAGAAGUGAUAAAAGAAUCUGGCUAUGGGAGAAAAUCAGACAUCUGGAGCAUUGGCUGCACUGUAUUUGAGAUGGCCACAGGAAAGCCACCACUGGCUUCCAUGGAUAGGAUAGCGGCCAUGUUUUAUAUUGGUGCUCACAGGGGAAUCAUGCCUUCCUUACCCAACCAUUGCUCGACAAAAGCAGAUGAUUUUGUUCAUCUGUGUUUCACCAGGUAAGUAGUUAUUAAUAUUAUAAGAGAUAUUAAAUAUCUGUAAAUAUUAAAGAGAUAUCCUUUUAAUCAUUAUCUUUUCCUUAAGUAAAAUGUUUAGUUCAAUGAGUUCCUUUAAAAGGUAAGGGAAAUUGCACCAGGUCUAUGGUGUGACACAUAGAUGGCAAAGAAAAGGUCCAAGGUCCAGUCUUUGGUACCUGCAGAUAGGGGUUGGGAAAGAGCUCUGCUUGAAAUAAGGAAAGGCUGAAUAUCUCCCUUCCACAUGUCUGGGACCAUUUGUCCCCUGUAAAAGUGGAUAGGAGUAUGAUCUGCAACUUUUUUGUAGCAGUGUCUGAAACUUAUAAACUGUCAGACUGGGGUGAUGGUACCAUUAUUUAAGAGAAGAGGCAAAUGCUUUUCUAGCUUCCCCCUUUCUUUUAAUAAGUACUAAAGCCUUUUGUCCAAGGCAAAGACCAUAAAACCAUUUGAGAACUGUCAUGAAUCAAACCCUUAAAUGUCAAAAUGAUCAGAAAGAAGCCCCAAUCAUUAAAAAAGAAUAUAAAAGCUUCAGCACAACCUUUUGAUGCUCACCUAGUCCCAUGAGAUAGACAAGUUUUUCAAAAGUAGAUUUAUUACUAGACAAGUAAUAAAUCUAUGUUGCUGACAGAAGCAUUAUCAAUUACUCACAAUAAAUAUAUUUUUUUCUAUUGUUUUCCAAACAGGGACCAGUAUGAGCGACCUACUGCUCUACAGUUGCUGCAGCAUCCCUUCAUGAUUUAAAAACCUCAUGAACUUUGCAAAGGCUUCAGUAGAUGACAGAUUUCCCCCUUACUUAUUGAAGAGGUUAAAUGAAAUUUAACAUUUAAACUUUCGGUUUGAGAAUGGCUAGGCUAUAGUGUGAUUGGUAUGAAAGCUGUGAAAGUUACAGAGUUGUAAAUUCUUGUUUUUCAUUUUCAAAUAUAGACAUGAUGCAAUUUCAGGACGGCAAACUUUGUAUCAAAAUGUUAUGGCUGUAGAACACUUAAUCUCAUUUUAAAAUUAAAAUCAGACAUUUUGACAUCUUUUGGCUUCCCUACCCCUGCAAUUCAUCUCUCCCCCCCCCCCCCCCCGCCAAAGCCUGGGAGCCAUGCAACACAAUAUGAAGUGUGGACAGCUCAGUAGAAGAGACAGGCUGACUGUAAUUGCAUAAAAGGAGGCUCAUCUUGACAGGCAGUGGUUAAUCAGCCAGUCAUUCAACCACCAUGAAUGGCAGGCAAAAUAGUAAUUCCUUUCCCCCUCUACUUCCACGCUAAAUCUGCUGCAGAAGGUGGGGGGAACUUUGCAGCAUUUGAAAUAGUGUGGGGAGCUGCAGAGAGCAUUGGUGAAAGUUGCCUCCAGUCAACCCUUAUUUUUGUGGAUGGAAUAUUCUGGAUUCAACCCAAAAUAAGAAUAAUACUGGUACAUGAAUGCUCAACUCAAUAAAAUAAUCAUGCAAUUCACUUUUCUGAUCAAAGUAAAAAAGAAUAAAAGUAACGAGAGAUUUUGAAGUGUUGCUUCUCACAACAGAAAUGUAAGUCAUUGUCUUUUAUUAUUUUUUUCCACAAAAAAGAAAAGAAUUUCAUUUCAAUUUGAUGAAAUAAGCCUAGGCUUGGAUGACCAAAUGACAAUAAUCACUGAUAUUUCCUACCUCUAGGUAGGCCAUUUAGCGCCAUUUUAAAUUGUAAAUACGCAUCCUAGAAUAAAAACCUACCUCUUUCCAGGCAAUGUAGCGGUAUGUGCUUUUAUCCGUAAUAUAACCUUGGGUUCAGCAGUCUCUCAGCCUAACUUGAAAGGUUGAGAGGAUAUAACAAUAUAACCCUUUACUAUAUUACACUAUAUCAACAAUAUUACCCAGGAGUUACUUUCCCCUCCCCCUUAGAUGUUCUGACAUGUGCAUAGCUAGAGUUUUUUCUUAAAUAAAUUAUGACCUUGGGUUAUCCUAAUAAUCUUACCUGUAAUGUAGGCAGAUGGACAUAUGCCCACCUUCUCCUGAUUACAUAUGGUUAAUUCAGUACUUCAAACCAAUAUUGCAUUAUGGAAAUAGGGGUGGGGAUUUCACUUCGACAUUUCUUUUCCCUUGAGAAAGCCCUAUGAAAACAUUUUUCUUGAACUUUCAUCCUCAAGCCCAACUAUACAUACAUGGCUACCUUCCCUUUGGUAGAGGUAGGUGUUCGAGAGCAAGGAAUUAGUCCAAGAGACUAAGUUUCUUUCUGAGAUUUGACCAGAGGAGAAAGCAGCAAGUUGUCUGAAGAGGGGGAGAAAGCACCUAAAUCAGGCUUCCUCAACCUCAGCCCUCC